UUUAGACAGAUAAAAGAUGUUUAACUGGUUUUAGAUAAAUCCCUGAGUUGUUGCUUGAGUAUUAGAACCAGUAGAGUUUGUGUUCACCAGUAGAUUAAGAAUGUUGUAUUUUUCAGUUUUCAUCUUCGUUAUUCUUGGACAAUACACAAUCAAGGCACAACUACAAGAGGAGAACUGUCUUCAUAUCAGGGACUGUACUCAACUUAUCGAUAAAUUCAAAAGUGGCGAGAUACUAAAAGACCAAUUAGACGUCCUUAAAUGUGGUUCAGAAAAACUUCAUUACAUUUGCGAAAAGGAAAAACCACUCACUAGUGAUUCUCCAAAAUAUCUCCCAAGCGGUGAGACAGAAGGAUGUGGAGAAUUCUCUGAUAGCUCUAACAUUAUUGGAGGAAAAAACACAAAGCCCGGAAAGUAUCCAUUUACUGUGGCUCUAGGAUCUGCAGACAGUAAUGUGAUCACCUAUGUUUGUGGUGGCAGUCUAAUCAAUAGGUGGUACGUUCUAACUGCAGCUCAUUGUGAAUAUAAAGUUAAUAAGGCCAACAUAGGAGACUGGGACUUAUCAAGGGAUCUAGAUGUCUAUGAAGGAAUGACAGUUGAGCUAACCAAAAAUCAAGUCAUUGAUAUAGAGAGAUGGAUUGUGCACCAGGAUUAUGAGUUAACUGAUAGAUCAAUAAAAAAUGACAUCGCACUGGUGAAGCUGAAUAAAAUUGUCGAGGUUGGUCUUUAUGUGGAACCUAUCUGCUUACCAUUAGGACCCCCUGAUCUUCAAAUUCUGAAUAUUCCGGAUUUCGAAGACAGCCUUCUCGGGGUUAGAGCUCAUGCAGUUGGUUGGGGACUAAACUCAUCCUAUGCUGGACUUUUAGAAGAAAACGAGAGUAGAUUCGCAACUGCUAUACAACAAGUGGUAGACCUUCCUAUUCUAGGCAAAUCUAAGUGCUUAGAGUAUCAUCGGUUUGUGAACUACUCCAACCAAGUGUGCGCAGGGGGAGAGUCAGAUAAAGAUGCUUGUACGGGUGAUUCCGGGGGUCCUCUUGCGAUAAAUCAGUUCAACAAGAAGGAAAAGUUUUUGAUUGAGGAAUUAGCUAGCCCGAGCAAAUGGUAUUUGUAUGGUAUAGUUAGUGCCGGGUCAGGCAAAUGUGGCUCUGAAACUCCAACUGUCUUUACAAGGGUUACCGCAUAUAUCGGCUGGAUUAAAGAAAAUUUGCGUUAAGCUUAAAUUGAAGAAAAUCAAUGUGAGAAAAUUUUGGAUUUUCGAAACAAGAAAAAAAGAAUUUGAAUUAAAAUACUAAAACUUUUAACUGUAAGACAAUCAACAAAGAAAUAUAACUUUGAAUAAAAUA